GGUACACAGUUGCAUCUCUAAAAAAUGGCUGAAGAAGAUACAAAAGAUGAACAGCCAAUAACAAAACCAGAAAUCAUAUCUCCAUAUCCAAACACCACCACAUUCAUUUCAUGGGAAGCCAUCCACCUUCCUUCUUCUUUCCCAACUCAAUCUCCAAUCUUACUCUCUUCUGCAUCUUCUGAUCCAACCCCACUUCAUACCUGGUCGUCAACGCCGCCGCCGGUCAACCCACUUGUAUUCCCACCCAACAAUCACGAAAACCUUACCUUUGACCAACAUCACCAAGAGAAAAAAGUCAAACCCAAAACGGUGUCGUUUGAUUUAACAGCAAAAAGUGAUGUUAAACCGGCACCGGGGUCGGUUUUUGAACUUAGUCCUUGGUGGGUUUUGUUCCAAUUUAAGUUACCUGUCAUUGUUGGGAAUAUUUUCAAGUUUUUUGUUGUUAAAAGAAGGGUAUUUUGGUCAUUUGGGUUUCCGGUUUUGAUGGUGUUGUUGUAUUUACGGCGACGGCGCCGGAGACGGAGAGAGAGUGUUGAUGAGCUGCUUGGUGUUAUUAAGGAGAAAGAUGAGAGAAUUCGGUGUUUAUUGUAUCAGAUUGCUCGGAUGAACGAGUUAUUGCUUGCUACACAUCAUGGAGUGCCACCUAUGAUACCCAAGGCUGCUACUUCUAGUUAAUCAGGGCUAUCUUCAAGAACAAUUAUAGAAAGAUCAACACAUGAUGUCGGAUGGCAAAGAGCCAAAGAAGCCCCCCUCUAUCGAUCUCUACACAACACGCAAGAUCUUGGAACGUCGAUCAAGUAUUCAAAUGCUAACUUGCUACCCAUACUGGUCCUUCACUUUUUACGUACAUACAAUGAAGUGACACGCAACAAUUGUGUGAAACUCAUGAAAUAGAAACACCUUCUAUCCUAAAAGAACAUUCAUCUUCUUCU